AUGUCAGAGCCUUUUUAGCUAACAAAAAAGGAUAAGUGUAAAAUAAUCAAUAUUGAUUUUUAUGAAAUGUAUAAAUCAAUUAGAAUAUAGAUAGUUUUAUUGCCAUGAUUGAUUCGUCCAAUAAAUUGUAUAUAUUUGCCUUAAAUACAUUGCUUCCAAUUUAUUAUCUUGAGGUACCAAUUUAGGUAGUUAACAUCACAUUCGGAAAAAAGUCAGAAGAAAUAGCAGUUUUCUCAGAAAAAGAGAUAUUAAUUUAUUCAUUACAAGAUGACAUAAUCUUUUAGAAGAAAAUGGAAAUACUCAAUUUAAUAAAAUUUGAUUUUAUUGACAAAGAUUAUUUGAUUCUUACCUAAACUCAUUUAUAAAACUCAAUUAUGUAAGUUGAUACAAUUGAUCCAAUUACAUUCGAAAAAGUUCAUUAUUAAAAGAAUUACAAUUUAUUGAUUCUUUUUUAAGAUUCAAUUUAGUUAUUUAACAACUUAAGUCCAUAUCUAAGCUAUCAAUAAAAAUUUAACAAUAAAUCUAAGUUAAGGUAUGAUCAUUAAUAGUAAUUGAUAUGUGUUUUUGAAACAAAUUAAUUGAGUAUUUUCUUUAUUUUUCAUGAUCAAAUUAAGCAUAGACAUACAUUAUCACUGAAUAUUGAAAAAAUUUAGGAUGGUUGUUUUUUUUCCCUUCCAUUUUAUAAAUAACCUGGCUUUUAUGGAGAUUAGAUUUUUAUAUACAGUAUUUAAUUUAUUGACUAUUUCAAGUGGCGAUGACUAGAGGUAAGCUUGGUAGUUAGUUUUAGUUUGUCGACUAAGAUGGAGAUAGAUAAUGUAUUGGUAAUACAUUUUAAGAGAAAAAAUGCAAAACCAUUAUUCCAAUAUCAAAGUGGGGAAAUAAUCUACUUGUCUUAUUUGAAUAGGGUUGCUUAAACAGAAUUAAGUUAUAUAAGUUUCCACAAUUUGAAAAACUGGAUUUUAAAUUUCAAUAUUACCCUAAAAAUGAAACAUAUAGUGAAUUAGAAGAUGAAUUUGAUAAGAAAAUCAAAUAAUCAUCUAUUGAAUUAAAAGAGGAUUAAUUUUCCUAAAGAAUACUUGAUCCAUAUUAUUCUUAUUGUAAUGAACUCAUUUGA